CGCAGCUUUGUUGUAGGGAAACACCCUUUACGGACCUGGCGAUUUAAGCAUUCUUGUCGUUCACCAGGAGAAGGUCCGGAGAGAAGAACGGUCCGCCUAUGUAAGACGAUUUUGUAAGAAUGGUUUCGUACCCACUGUAUACUCGCGUACGCUCGCUCAUAUGCGCCUUUUUCUCCCUGACAGACUACGUCGCCUUUCUCACCAAUGCAAUUUUACCCCUGCUUGUCCGAGUUUCAGACCGCAGUCCUGAUGCAUGUUAUGUUGUCAGGGGAAGUUUAGCGUCUGUUCGAAAUCCCGGACAUUUCCAGAUGUGGAUAAUUUACCUGAGCCUUUUCCAGCUCGAGACGUUCUAUGUCGCCGAGAUACCAUAUUUUCUGUGUAGGCCUAGAGGAAUAUCAUCAUGUCUAUCGAGAAAUAAGGACACGGGCCAAGAAAAGAAGGCCAUCUGAAGAAACAAGCAAGGUCCCCGUUAUGGCCACAGGUAAGCCCUGACGCUCGCCUUCUUCGACUUCUUCCAUGAGUCCAAUGUAGGUGGGGCUUUUGAACGGUCCUUCCUUCAGGGCCAGUGUGCUGUUUUUUUCCGUCGUCUCAUUGAAGCAACUGUCAUUGCUCGUUUCCGCUCAAAUCUAUAGAUUCGGUCCGUUAGAAGAUUAUACA